AUGGAUCUGCAGAAAAUAUCGGAAAUUACAUUCAGAGAUGAAAAAUACAACGUCCUAAAGCCGACCGUUCACAUGAUUCGGGACCACUUCGAAGACGUAAUGCAACAAAGACGGAACAUAGAAUUUCCCACAAAUAGAAUAUUUAUGGAUAGCAACGGUUUCCGACAUUUCUGGAGAGGGAUGGAAAUUCAGCCUAACUUGAGGAAAAAUAAUGUGAAAAACAACAUGAGAGUGAACGAUACGAAAACUGUUACUCAUAAAAAACAACCGAAUCGUAAAAAGAAAGUCGUAGAACGGGUAUUUGUUCCUAAUAUAAAGCCUAGACCGUUAAGAGAGGGAGGUACUCUAGUGAAAACCACGUUUUUCUGUCCGUUUUUUGGUGUUCUAACUAUGUUAGCUAAAGUUGACUUGGAUUUGGAAGAGCCGAAACCGGAAUCAUAA